UCCACAAAGUGGAGAUCAAGAAGAUCAACUUUGGCUUUCUCUUUAAUUAAUGGCAGACCUUGCUGAUUCAUGUGACACUGCAAUCUGACUUUGCUCAAAGAAAGAAAGAAACAAAGAAAAUCAAAAACAAAAACACAAGAGUAAAUGAGUCAGAGAGGUAGACGAUACUGCAAGCUUGACAGCCAUGGGAAGGUCUCUGUGCUGUGACAAGGUUGGCAUCAAGAAGGGCCCUUGGACUCCUGAAGAAGACAUCGUUCUGGUGUCCUACAUCCAAAAGCAUGGCCCUGGCAAUUGGAGAUCAGUUCCUACUAACACCGGCUUGAUGAGAUGCAGCAAGAGUUGCAGAUUGAGGUGGACGAAUUAUCUCCGACCGGGAAUUAAGCGCGGAAACUUCACCCCUCAUGAAGAAGGAUUGAUCAUUCAUCUUCAGUCGAUGCUUGGCAAUAAAUGGGCAGCCAUAGCUUCGUAUCUUCCUCAAAGAACCGACAACGAUAUCAAGAACUACUGGAACACGCACCUAAAGAAGAAGGUCGAGAAGAACCAAGUCGGAAAUGCGUCCAUAGCCUACAACAUUGAUGGAGCUAGAAAUUCUCAUGUGUCUAUGCUCCCCAUCUCAAACUGUGGCUCCUCGACUUAUGCUUCAAACAUGGAGAACAUCUCGGGGCUUCUCCAGCGGUGGACGCGGUCCUCCCAAAAGAAGACCGAUCCCGCACAAAAUCAAGAUUUGAAGUGCCAUGGCUUCCAGGAUGAUCAAGGGAAUUGCGAUACCGUGUCUGAUAGAGAAGUUGGAACAUCGGUCCCGUUCGAGGUAGAAUCCCCCUCAGAGGCCAGACUCUGUGGAGCUCAACACCAUUCUCUUACAGUGCUAGAGAAUUGGCUACUCGACGAGGCUGUAGGCAUUGUAGAUGUCACAGGUAUAUCGACCGGUCUUUGCCCCGAUGGAGUGUACUAAUUUGCCAAUGAUACAGAAGAAAGAUCAAAGUGCUAGAAAUGUCCAAGCUUUGAUAUUGCCUCAAUGUGCUAGAUAAUCUCAAAACGAGUUGAAUUAUUCGGCUACUUUAUGUAAGAAUUAAGGCAUGCAUGUCAUUCUUGAAAAUGUUCAUUGUCUGUUGAGGACUGAAAUGGUGACUGCAAAGCUUACGACAAUGUGAUUAGAUUGAGCAGUGGCAUGGACCAAUCUGCCCUAAACCAGAAGGGCACCAUUAAUGACCUUGAGCCCAGAAGGGGAAAACUGAAAGAA